UUGCUGGUGAGCUCCCGCAUUGUAAGGACAUUUGUGCCGCUGCGGUCGCCGUGCGCGAAUCUUUCGCUUUGGUUGAAGCAUUUCGGGCUUGGUCGAAGAUUGCACCGAGGAAUUAUUUGUGGGUGGGCAGGACUUUCUGCCACACGAUCUUCCCUUGCCCCGAGGCCUUGAUCGGACUUCGUGUGGUGUAGUACGGUGGGGGAGUGUUUUUGCUUUUCUUAUUGUGUAGCAGUGAAAAUUCGAUUGAAACUUUCUAGAAUGUAAAAAGUGCUGCAAAAGAGACACAGUAUCAUUAAAAGUUGAUUUUGUAUCGGAUGCUAGUAGCUGCUCCAGAACCGAUGGAAACUCGUGAAUGUUGAAUGUGAAAAGUGUGGAAAAGUAGAAGCAAACACCGAAGCAGUGUAAAUCACUGAAUGCUUCAUUAUGAGUGACAAGGCAACGGAAAAAGGUGACGGCACCUCUCCGGGUGAUCCGGACGAACUCAAAGAGAUGCUGCUGUCCACUGCGGAAGCUUCGACCUACUCGGCCCAAGAGGUAGCCGCCCGGCUUCGAGUAGAUGUCCGCACGGGACUACGGUGGUCCGAAGCCAACAGUCGAUCAAAAAUCGUAGGCUACAAUGAACUUAACGCGCUGGACGAUGAACCACCGUGGAUGAAGUACGUCCAGCAGUUUAAAAAUCCACUCAUAUUGUUACUAUUAGGUUCAGCGUUGGUGAGUGCGUGUAUGCGACAGUUUGAUGAUGCUGCCAGUAUUACGAUAGCGAUAAUUAUCGUCGUCACUGUUGCGUUCAUCCAGGAAUACAGAUCUGAAAAAAGUUUGGAGGAACUGAAGAAAUUAGUACCCCCUGAAUGCCACUGUUUACGAGAGGGACGACUGGAAACAUUCCUGGCGAGAAACCUCGUUCCCGGUGACAUAGUGUAUCUCAACGUAGGCGACCGAGUACCGGCCGAUAUUCGAAUUUUCGAAGGUUUUGACCUAUCAAUCGAUGAGUCGAGCUUCACCGGUGAAACGGAACCGGCCCGAAAAAGCACAGAAGUUAUUCUGAAUGUGCACAAUACAAAGAAUCACCAUACGAGUAUGAAAAACAUCGCCUUCAUGGGGACGCUGGUGAGGUGUGGUAAUGGAAAGGGUAUCGUUGUUAGUACAGCUGAUAAAAGUGAAUUUGGGGAGGUGUUUAAGAUGAUGCAAGCUGAAGAAGCUCCCAAAACACCGCUGCAGAAAUCGAUGGAUAUACUGGGAGCACAACUGAGCUUCUACUCGUUUUGCAUCAUUGGUGCAAUCAUGCUGCUGGGUUGGAUCCAGGCGAAACCACUGGUGGAAAUGUUUACUAUCAGUGUGAGCCUAGCGGUGGCUGCUAUUCCCGAAGGUCUCCCGAUUGUAGUUACCGUCACACUAGCCCUAGGCGUUAUGCGUAUGGCAAAACGUAACUGUAUCGUCAAAAAGCUACCGACGGUGGAAACUCUCGGCUGUGUAACGGUCAUUUGCUCGGAUAAGACGGGUACGAUCACCAAAAAUGAAAUGACCACAACGGUGAUCAUUACCUCUGAUGGGUACAUGGCCGAUGUGACCGGCGCUGGUUAUAACGAUAACGGUGAAAUCCACAUUCGGGACUGUAAUAGCAUGGACAAUGCUAAGCGCAGUAUCAAUCAACUGCUGGAGGCCGGUGUAGUCUGCAAUAACGCAAUUAUACAGAAUGAUACUUUGUUAGGUCAGCCGACCGAGGGUGCAUUGCUAGCGGCGGCAAUGAAGAAUGGACAAUACUCGGCAGCGGACAAUUUUCUGCGGAUACAGGAGUACCCUUUCAGUUCCGAGCAGAAAAUGAUGGCUGUGAAGGCUGUACCCAAGUAUGCAAACAAUAAGGAGGAAAUUUACUUCGUCAAAGGUGCAAUCGAAAUAGUACUGCCCCAGUGCACAAAGUUUUGGUAUGGAGGACAGGCGAUUACAUUGAGCAAGCAAAACGAAGCUGAGUUUCUUCAGGAGGCGUAUGAAAUUGGGCGGAAAGGCUUACGAGUCUUGGCGCUUGCCAAGGGGUCUUCAUUUCAAGACCUGGUCUACUUGGGACUGGUUGGUAUUACAGAUCCACCACGGCCACUCGUCCGAGAAUCAAUUGAGAUACUGAGAUCGAGUGGAGUGUUGGUGAAAAUGUUAACCGGUGAUGCACAAGAAACGGCUAUGGCGAUUGCCUCCAAGAUUGGUCUCGACAUCGUUCACAUGCAGGCUCUUUCCGGUCAUGACAUUGACCAGAUGACCGAGAUGCAGCUGGAGAAGCUGAUCAACACGGUCAGUGUGUUCUACCGAGUAACUCCGAAGCACAAGCUCGCGAUUGUAAAGGCACUGCAGCAGAAUGGCCACAUCGUCGGAAUGACUGGCGAUGGUGUCAACGAUGGAGUCGCGCUGAAGCGGGCUGACAUCGGAAUUGCAAUGGGGAAAAAUGGUACGGACGUAUGCAAGGAAGCUGCCGACAUGAUUCUCGUAGAUGACGAUUUUCAUACAAUUAUUGCUGCUAUUGAGGAAGGCAAGGGUAUAUUCUGGAACAUUCGGAAUUUCGUCCGCUUUCAAUUGAGUACAUCGAUUGCAGCUCUUUCGUUGAUUGCUCUCUCUACACUGAUGGGCAUAUCGAACCCGUUAAAUGCUAUGCAGAUAUUGUGGAUCAACAUUAUCAUGGAUGGGCCACCGGCCCAGUCGCUUGGUGUGGAACCGGUCGAUUUGGAUGUGCUCAAGCAGAAGCCUCGAAACGUGAAACAACCAAUGAUAUCAAAAUCGCUCAUCAUUAAUGUGCUGCUGUCGGCUGGCAUCAUCAUACUGGGAACACUUUGGGUGUUUCAAAGGGAAAUGGCUGACGGGACGGGCGUUACCAGUCGGGAUACAACGAUGACUUUUACCUGUUUCGUACUUUUCGAUAUGUGGAACGCUUUGAGUUGCAGGUCGCAGACCAAGAGUGUUUUUCAGAUCGGUCUGCUCACCAACCGAAUGUUCCUGUUGGCGGUCGGUUUCUCCCUCCUGGGUCAGCUGUUGGUGAUAUACUUUCCCCCGUUGCAGAUGGUGUUCCAGACCGAGGCUCUGUCGGCAAUGGAUCUCAUCUUUCUCGUAUCGCUAACGUCGAGCGUAUUUAUCGUGUCCGAGCUGAAGAAGUGGUUCGAACGCACAAUGGAACGGCGAAUGUAUCGCAAGAGAAGUGAACUGGAUUUCGUAUGACAGUCAGCUCACGCUGGAAGAUUGCAUAAGGACUAAGGAGCUGAGAAAGACCCCGCAACCAAUGUCGGUAAACAUUUACAUGCAACACACUGUAAGAGACUUAUUUAAGCUUUUAACGUUCAACUAUCAGGGGUGGCGAGAGGACGGAAAGUGAUUGGAUCGACAAAUUGCGUUCCCAUGGAACUCUAUCCAGUAGAAAAUUAGACAUACAAAAUACUACACAUUCGACAGGUUGCGUCGUCAGGCUAAAACUAAACUGUUUAAAUGAUAUUUUCGAUAUCCGAAAACUGAUUUAAAUCAAUCUAAAACUUUUGGGGUACACAUCUCUUACAUUGAAUUAUGAUAAACUCUAGGUUGAUUUAGCAUUACUUAAAAAGUAUUUUGUAGAUAUUUAUAUUUUUAAACGUACAUUGGCUGCUCAUCAAUUAUUUUAUUUAUACAUUUCGAGACUAGUUUCCUCUUUAUUAUAGAUAAAUUUAGCAGUAAUAGGAAAUAAUACAGGCUAUUCUGUUUCAUUUCUGUAUCUGUUUAUUUUUUUAAUUUUCAUUGAAAGAAAUGUUUUCCGUUAACCAGUGAUGUGUUUUGUAGCUGCUUGUUCUGUAUAAUUUAAUGAUGUGUUAUCUGAUGAAAAGUAUAUUGUUUUAUUGAAGGAGUUGGAAAACCGUACACUUGAGAUUUCACUUCUCUUAAGAUUGCUUCUUUCACGAUGCCAUACGGCAAGUCAGGCCCAAGUGGAUACGAAAUCUCGUAGAACAUGGGACUGACUUGCAAUUAUGGGCAAUAUGUGUUUUAUAGCAAGAUUAGGCAAAUCGCAACUCUUCCUUUGUAUUGUCGAACGCCAAGCAGUACUUCAGAAUACCUGCCAACGAUUUUUUCAAAUUAAUUAGUUCACAUCGCGCUCCUGCCGUUUCAAGUUUUACCAUUUUUUAUUUAUAUUUUUUCGGGUAUCACCGACGCCAGAGAGACACCUGGUAUCUGCUAUGCCGCCAUAAGUUUCAUGUCAAGAUCUAAAACGUUGGGUUAAGGUCGAUUCGCAAUCGACAGAAUCCAUUCUAUGCGACACGAAUUUGAGAUGUUCGAAUUCGUUUCAUAAUUUAUUAUCAACAUGUCGAAAACAAUACUCCAAUAUUUUAGCUCGAUGACAACCAUCUACAGAUCGAGUCAUGCUGUAUCGUUUCUAUCUAGUGCGGAUCGAGCUUGCAGCACAUAGAGCAGAACAAUCUGAAGUGUCAGUGGGGCCAAUAAUACAAACAGAAUACGUGGAAAACAUCAUCGGAACCCCAUCAGAUAACCACCCAGCAACGCUUAGACUGAGAGCUGUUUUACUUCCAUUGCGAAGGAAGACGUGCCCACGAUAUUUUUACCUUAGAAAACGAGCUGGUUUGGAACCAAGUUGUCUAACAUUUCUAACGAGGUUUAUUAUCAAAAUAUGGAAUACUAGAAACCUACUGAAACUGUCAUUGUGGCAAGAAUGUGAACGGAAAUAAUUUGGUAUAUCAAGACGUCUCCAGUUAGCUUGGCCCUUGGCUGUUUGUUACAAGCCUCACAGAUCUGGCAAACUCCGCAGAUCGCAAGCGCACCCUUUCACGAGUCAAGAUUUCAGGCUUGUUAUUUGCUCACACAAUGUGCCACAAAGAGCGAAAUACACCGAUGAAAAAUAGAGCAGCACAAAAACACUGCGAUGUGCAGAACGACCGCACAAAGAGAAACUUGAAAACGAAAAAGAGAAAGAUAUGUGCACCAAGAGCUGCACAAUUUCGUUCAAAGAGACCUUGAAGAGCCACUUUUUUGUGCCUCUCCUCACUGGCAAGCAGCUAGGAAGGCGAAUCAAACUACAAUUCAGGUAAAGUUUGAUCGAGAGAAUGUUGUUAAAAUGUUUUUUGGUUGCCUUCUCUGAUUCCGUGCGCGUGGGACCAAGAUUCACACUAAAGAGCCUCAUUAUUUCAGCUCUUUGAGGUGUGCAGCCAAGGAGUAGAAUGCACGUAUGGGAGCCACACACAUCGGAGUGAAGAGGUUUAUUGUGAAAGAGAAGAGCGGUGGUUCGCAUGAAAAGUGCAAAGAGCGUUUUUUUAUUCUUCUCUUUAUUUGCUCUGAGGUGCAUUACAUCCCUGGUCAAGAUACCCAUUCGAAUUCUUAAGCAUCGAAAUUUUCAAGAUACCGACAUACCGACCACCAAAUUCGACCAGCAUUUACUGUGCGUUCCAUGAGUGGCUCUUCAAGUAGGUUUUUCAUUUCGUGGCAUAUGUAAUCUUUCAUUCCACCGAAAAUGAUUCCCGCCACAUUCGUUCGAACUAAAAGUGCGUGCCAACAUAGUUCUGGUUCAUUGGCCAUAGAGUAGAAUCGGUCAAAUGAGCGAAUUGUAGAUUGUUAGCAUAGAGCGAAGGAGCACAUUGUUGAACCGUAGAAUUUUUUCGAGUUCAGAGAAAGCACGAUUUAUCUGCUGGAAUCGUUGUCGAAUACGCGAGCUCAUCAAUCACUUCAAAAUUGUCUACGCCAACCGAUAUCGAUAUCGAUGUUUUAUGUACCAUAGUCAGAGCAGCUAAUAUUCGACAGAUUUGUUUGAACUUGAAGGAGGAAAUCUCAAAUCAUUUGUUUGAAAGACGAACAAAUCUCAAACCGCUGUUGUUAGUUGCAUCAUUUAUUGUAAUAGCCUUGCCGCUCAAUUUUCCAUUCAUUUUCAAUUUCAUAGAUCCUCGCUUUCUAGCCGUAUAAGCAGCGAAACCGAAUUUAGUGUUGCAGCAAUCCAGCUCAUAAUCCAUUUAUCGUGAUUAUUGACCGCUGUAGAUUUGUUGAUAUUAUUAUUCGUAUUUAGCUGUUUGAGGGAAACCAAGCAUCUAGUUAAUGGACUGUACAUACUGAGAAAAACAUAUGUGUGAGGUGUACCCGGCAUCUGGAUUGCGGUUUGAUCCUGUGGCUACCUGGGGAAUUAUAUGGACAAAUAUUGUGCAUUCGUUCGAUAGAUCUUGAGUUAGGAUGUACUCUGCUGGUACUCGCAUAUCAGUCCCAUAUGAAACGUCACCAUAUUGAGAUAAAUACAAUUUAAUAUUUUCGUUUGCUUUCUGUUUCACGGCUUCGAAGAAUUGUAAAUCCCGGCAUUGUUGCACAAAAUAGUUAAAUCACUAUAUAAAUAUGUUUGUAUUACAUAAAUAAAAUUAAAAAUGUUAGUCUUUUGGUGACAAGGAAACCACUGAAAAAGCAAUAUAAGACUCAUAUCGUCGCUGUUAUGCUAUCUUUUGACAAACGCCAUUUUGGGAUAAACUGAGUUAGAUAUGCCACAUUAUUUGUGUAAAAAAUCUCUACAAGGUGGCGUUUUCAGAAUUUUGACUUUCUGCUUGGUUACUGAGAUAUAGUGAGAAACGAGCUGAGAAAUUUUUAACUUUUUGCUUCAAAUGACUGUGUCUGAGGAUUGGCUCAAGUUAUCUUGAUGUAUAAUGUGUUUUUAUGUGUAAAACUAUCUGAGCAACACAAUGGCAUAAUCGUAUUCAGAAUAAAAAUACUCGAAUUAUGAGCAAAAUUCAGUUUAAGUUUUGAAUUGGAAAUAUAGCAUAUUUGGCCACACUGUAACCAAUAAUAACUAUUUUUCUAGAUUCUCUGACUUCCUUCAAAAUGCAUCUCAUCGAUUGUUUAUAGACCAAAUUAAGCCAAAGACAUGAAUAUUGAUGAUUUUUUUUCUAUGGAAAAUUUUCCAUGCACGAUUAUCAGACGCCAUACAAAUUUUGUUAUCAAUACACACGUGUGAGUGCGAGUUUUGUUUACAUUUACAGUAAAAACUCGCAACAUAGUCAACCGAUCUUGUUAAUAUUUGAAGAUUAAUACAGAAUAGAUAGAAGCAUCAAUUGUCUUCUUUGAAUUGCUAAAUACCAUUUAUAACUUUCAAGAUAUUCAAUCUCAAACUUUAAAAAACGUUUUUCUCGAAAUGCGCUUGUCAUAAGAUAGCACAACAGCGAUGAUAUGCGAGUACUUUUGUCAUCAAAUGUACUCGCAUAUCAGUCCCACCUGCUUAUGAAGCUAGUUUUGUUUGUCUAGCACAUUGAUAAGUGUACGUGUUGUAACUACUUUUAAUUAAUAUAUAACUGUUCCUGAUGUAAUGUACUGUAAGAUAGUUAUUUUGAUAAUGUGAAUAUAUUUGGCGAAAUCGAUCCGACCACCAAACGAUACCAGAACAGGAAAUCUUUCACUUCGAGCAUUUUUUGAAUCUUAUUCAAUUCUAAUUUGGAAUAUUCUGCAACUGUUUGUUAAGUAGAUGAUAGACAAUCGUUUAGAGUUUUUCUGAUGGUUAAAGUGCUUCAGUUGCCGCUGCUAGCACCACCUCCGAAGCUCCAAGUACUCAUGAACGAUUUUCAUCCCUCAAGCAUUCUAGGUGAUGUAUUUCACCGUACAGAUUUACUAUAUUUGCGAAACGAUGUAUCUAGUAGGUAUCAGUCAGGGUAAGGAGAAUAUACUACCAUUAACUUAAAUCUCCCCGUUCGUUUCGUUUCUGAUGGCCAACCAAACAGCUGUUCGAGUUUUCCCUUCGACAUCAAUGCUACGGCCCCUACGGGAUAUAUUAAAUACCUAUAUUAUUUUAAUUUGUUCUACCGUACAAUGAAUCCCGGUGGCAUACAAAUAACUAUGCUAUACUACAGAUCACAUAUGGGACUGAUAUGCGGGUACUCUUCAUAUGGGACAUCCAUAUUUUGGUAUUUUUUUCACGUAUUUCACAGAAGAAAAUUGAGAUUUUACAAUGAUUUCUUGAAUUAUAUGUCAAAAUAAUCGUAAUUGAUGGAGCUAACUAAAAAUAAUGUAGAUGCAUAUGUGACUGUUAUGCGAGUAUGGGCAGUACACUGCAAAGCAAUUUUUUCGAGGCGUUUCCGGAAAUUCAAUUUUACUAUGCUAAUUUAGGAAUUUUUUGAUCAAAAGUUGCGUUAUUGAGAAAAUAAAUAAAUACACUAUCUGUAUCGCCAAAUAAAAUUUAAAAAAUAAUGUUUCUUUACCGAAUUAAAAAAGAUAAACGGUGUUAAAAAUGUAAAUUCUGUAAAAAAGGGACAUUCUUUUUAAAUUUAAUUUGGCGAUACAAGGAGUGUAAUGCAAUAUUUGAACAAUAUAUUCUGUCUGUCCCCGAUACAGUACGCGAGUCUGAUAUGAGAGAAGUGUAAUAUCAUUUGUAUAGCAUAUGCUCACUCAGUGUAAUUUGCUGAUACCCACUUAAGUUUAAUAGUACCUAUAAACAAAGCCUUUGUUAAGAAGGAACAGAACAAAAAGGGGAAACUCAAGCUAAAACAUAUCGAAAUAAAACUGCGGUGUCCAACUACUACUACAUAGCUGAUGAUUCCAAAACCAAAUAAUAUUACCGUAGUAUGACUAAAAAAUAUUUACCAAAGUUAUUAUGAUAUGUUUUAGAAGGAGCGCAAACAAACCACAAGACCAUAGCUAGAAUCGGUUUGUUUGUCGCAAUUUGCGUCUGGGAAGAAGUAUGAGAGAAAAAGUAUACUUUCCUUAACUAAGUUAUACAAUCAGCAAAACUGACGACAAUAGAAACGAAAAGGGUGAACCUGUUGGAUCGGAACCUGAUCGAGUAGUCUGUAAUGCCCAUUCAGGUUGUGCCCGACCGGUGAUCCAUAGGUUUUCGAACAGGUAGCAAAAUAUAUCUAUAUUUAGAUUAUGUAAGCGGCACCUCGAGUGAUAAUGACUCGCAUUUGGUCUAAACUGGCUUUAUUGGUGAACAUCGUUCCGAAGGUAUGCCAAAAAUGCGAUCCCAACUAGCACAUUGACAAGAUAGUCAAGCUUUCUGUCUGUGCAUCGCCACGCCACUACACUCACAGUAAUCCGCAGGUGAUUUGAAACUUAUCUUCUUAGGAACCGUGUAGCAUAAUUGCAAAAAAUAUAUUGAUGUUUAUCUUCUGUUUGAUAAAUAGAGGAAAUAAUGUGCAAAUCUUGUGAAAGGCGUAGAGUUUCGAUUCCUAGUUUUGUACCCCUGAAAUGGACAAAAUAGAUAAAAAUGUGGAUUGCAGUCUGUGGCUCAUGGAGAACGAAAAGAAGUUGAUUUGAUUGGUUGUCUUCUAAAAGUGAAUCAGUAAUGUAAAAGUCAACAAAACACCAACAAAUGCGAAAACACCAGCAAACCGAAUAGUCUUACAAAAUGAAAACUAAAAUAACAUCAGCAAGCAAUUCUUCUAGCGUGAGAGUAGCGCAAAAGUGAUUAUUGUUAAACAAACAAUACCAUUGAAAAAUUGGUUAUAAAACAAUUACAAGUUAUAAUUUUUAGUCUAGGAUUGGCAACCACAGUAAAAAAGUAGAACUUAGUUUUGUUGACAUAGUCAACAUUCAUUAAGAUUAAUUAAAGCCUACUAAGUAAUAGACUAGAAUGAGUUUAAAAUGCAAAAACUAUAUACCUACAUAGGAAAGUCUUUUUUCAUUGUUCUGGUAGAACACCAUAUGUUACAGCUUAUUAUGAACUUUGGAGGAAACAUAUACAAGGCACUUCAUCGUCAUUUUAGAAGCACAAUCAAUUACUGUAAUCAACUAUUCAAUGAAAAAUUAAGCAAAGGGCAAACGUUUCUCACCACAUGAUCAUCAAUAAAUCCCCAUUCUCUUCUAGUUUACUCUAAAUCGCAAACAAUACCUUUCAUUCUGUGUACAUACAUAAAUUUUGUGCUUAUUUACAAGAUCCAACAACCCCCAACGAACAUUUGCUUCGACCAUAUAGGUAUUCAUUAUAAUUUUUACACUAAUUUUACAUAUCAACAUUUAAAAGAAGCCGAAUCGCUACAUUAAUUCCUUCCUAGAAUGAUUCACUAUGGUUUCGAACCUAUUCCUGCUAACACGGUUAGGAUGAAAAUGAACAGAUCACCGUACCUACAGAACAGUUUCCAAUUGCGACGUUGUCAUUUUCCUGCCUUCACCUAUGCAUGUGCGCCUAUUUCUUUCUUAUACAAAAAAGUAAUGGUCAUCAUUAUUAUAUCAUCAGUAAAAUGUGCAAAUGCAGAUCACAAAAUAUAACAAUAAACCAACACAAAUAUCGCAUAUUAAACGUAAAUAUUUGGUACACAUCUGAUCAACUACAACAAAACAAUAAAAGCUACUAAAGGUUUAGCCUAGUUUACGAAAACGAAACAAUAAACCAAAGCGAGUAAUUUUAACAAAACUGUAUGAAACAGUUAGUAUUAUGAUGAAUCAAACAUAUUACUUAUUUAUUCGCAUGUGUCAGUUCAAGUGAGGUUUGCAAAUUAAAUUGAAUAUCAAUUUUGCUAUUUUCACCGGAUAAAUUGGAUAUUUGCAAAUUAUAAAAAUGACGUGCAUGGAAUAUAGGUAUACUAUGACCAAUGAACAAAAGCAACAAUUAGCACACACACAUACGAUGGUAAAAUGCAAUAAAUUUUACAAGUUCA